GUGGACCUCGUGGCGCUACCGCUACAGCUAGUACUACACGGCGGACGACUUCCGCUUCACUGCUACUAGUACUUCUCCCCCGCGCAAAAACCCACGCGACUCCUUCCUCCUCCGAUCCGAUCCGAUCCGAUCUGAUCCAGCCCCAGCCCAGCCCCAGCCAUGGCGGCGAUUAGGGUUUGGCUCCCCGCCCUCCUCCUCGCCUUCCUCCUCGCCGCCUCCCCCCUCGUCCAAGUUGCAAGAGCUCAGUCUGAGGAAGAAGCUGCUACAGCUGAAGUUGUUGAAGGGGCUGAUCUAGGAAUCGUCAGUGAUGAUACACAAGUUUCCAGUGAUGGGCCUUUAAGUCCAGCUCCUGGUGUGGAGACAAUAUGUGUCUUUCCCAAAAACGCUGGCAAAAUUGUGCCAGCAGGUGAAGAAACUGAAUUACUGGUGGGACUGCAAAACGAGGGUGAGUCAACUUUGAAUGUUGUUGCAAUCCAUUCAACUCUCCAUCUUCCUUUUGAUCAUAAAAUGUAUGGUCAAAACCUUACUGUCCAGAACUUCUUCAAUGCAUCAGUUCCUGUCUCUGUGCAAGCAACUUUUCCGUAUACAUUUGUUGUGAGCAAGUUCUUGCAGCCUGGAGCAUAUGACCUAGUUGGUUACAUAGUAUACGAGAUUGAUCAGCACCCAUACCAGAACGUAUUUUACAAUGGCACUGUGGAGGUUGUUGAGGCUGGAGGCUUACUCAGCGUUGAGUCUGUGUUCCUUAUUACCCUUGGAGUUGCCCUUCUUGGUCUCUUUGGAUUGUGGGCAUAUGGUCAAGUACAACAGCUCUCAAAGAAAACAAAGAAGGCCCCCAAGGUGGAACUGGGAACUGGAACUACUGAUGCCAACAUGGAUGAGUGGCUGGAGGGUACUUCAUUUGCACAGGGAAGCAAAUCCAAGAAAAAGAAAUAGAUUGGAGGCCCUUGAACUCUAGUUAAUCAUUUCAGGAUCUAGAAUGAGACAGUUGAGGGUAGCCCAUCACCAGUAACUUUUGCAGACUAUAGAUGAGAACGCGGAGGUGUUCAAAUUGUAGUUUCAUAGCUGCUGCUGCACAUGUUUGUUGACACCAAACCAAAUUUCGACCUUGUUGUGUACUUUUACAUGGAAGUUUUUCUUGAUAAACACAGUUUUGUUCAAGGUAUAUGCUGCGGAUGCGAUUUCUGAUCUUAUUUGA